UUCUCUCCUUCUUCCCCGCGAUCCGCGCUAGUCCUCUCCAUCAGUUUCACCUCAGAGGCUCAGAUCAGCCUGAGACGAGCUUAGAACCAAGCCGAGGUGCACUCAUGCAUUAGAAUCAGGACGAGACGUUGUACACAUGCAUUAGAAUCAGGAAGUGCCUGCCGUACACAUGCAUUAGCCUUCACGAGCACUGUCGAUAAUCCCUCUCUUUCCCGCUUUUAAAGGCAGGACGCCUCAAGUCAAAAGCGCGUUCUUAGAGAACCUAAGAUAACCUUUUUUUCAGAAAUAGGCUCUGGGAGCUUGAUCAAGUUUCCUAGACUAGCAUUACAAGCGUGGUUCAUUGGUCGUCUGGCUUCUCCUUGCCUCCCCGGCGGACCUUAACUCGAAUACGGCGCAAUUUAACUCGUCUGGCUUCUCCUUGCCUCCCCGUCUCAAGAGUCUAGACAAAUACUGAUUCCUCACAGUAGCGGAGACUCCUCGAGCCUCCUAGCUUUCAAACCACGUCUCACAACUGCUUGCGGGGACUAGUUUUGAGGCGCCUCAAAACUCGUCUCACAGCUGCUUGCGGGGACCUCGUUACUGCUUCCAAACCUCUGAGCGGACGCCCUUCGAGAGUCGGAAAGCCCAGCCGUUAUGAAGGCUCCAAGACAGCCCUCCGCUCCGCGGCUGUCAAGACGAGAACGAUUCUUCCUUCGCCCCAUGCGACCACUCGUCGCACCGCCCAUGCGACAACGAGGGCGAUUCGUCCUCGUCGCAGCAUGCUUCCUUCUCGCCAUCGUCGCCUUGUCGCUCGUUCCGCAUGCGACAGCUGCGUCGUCGUCGAAGUCCGGCAAGAAAUGCGACGUCACCGUCGGAUCUUGGAUUCCUUCGUCGAAGUAUCCGCAGUAUCAGAACGACUGUCCGUACAUCACGGACAAUUAUAACUGCAUCAAGAACGGACGGCCGGAUGGCGACUUCCAGCACCUCUUGUGGAAACCCAACGGCUGCGAUCUCACCAUAUUCGAUCCCAAGUCGUUCGCCGCUCGAUUCGUGGGUCAGUCGAUCGCUAUAGCGGGUGACAGCACCGGGCAGUACCUCUUUCAAUCCCUCCGAUGCCGGAUCAGCGAGCACUACACCACAGAGGAUUGGGAUCCGAAGAUGGUUGGGUGGACCGGGCAGGGCUUUAAGGUGAAGCUGCUGGGAGUGCGGGUCAUUCUGGUGGACGCUCCUUUCCUCAUGGAGGCAUGGCCGGACGUUGAGGGCGAGUCCAAGGCCUCGCACCUCUGGCAUGUGCAACUAGACUCGAUCAACCACAAGAUACUCGAGAUGCUCCCCAACAUCCCCAAGCUUAAAGCCCUGAUCCUCGUCGCCAGUAAUUACUACUUACCCCAGCCGGCCACCACCACUGUCAGUGUCAACAACAGCGCUUACAGCAGCUACAUCAGCAACCAGAGGAUUUAUUAUUCCCAGGGGAAACCCCAGUCUCCUCAGCCUACACCACAAGACGCGUUAUUCAACGCCCUUAAAACGGUGUCGGCUUAUUUCGAUAAGAAUCUCCAGCUGGUUCGGCCGUUUUUCCUCACGAUGCCGCCGUCGCAUAACCCGAAUCUGUUUCGGUACGCGGAUACGACCUGUGGGCUCUUCGCAUCCCCUUUGCAAGCCGACGCGAUGAGCUAUGCAGCCGCGCGGAGCGACGCCACCACAUGGACUACAGUGCAACGGCAGGCUCUAUCAAAUUCAAAAAUAAAACUACUGGACGUAUUACAAAUGUCAAUGUACAGAGCGGACGGGCACAUGGCGGCAUACGGCCCUCCCCCCGAUGCAAGCGAGAUGGACUGCGCGAAAUGGUGCCUUCCGGGGGUGCCGGAUGCGUGGGUCGACGUGUUCUUCCACAAGAUCGUGCACCCGUUUGGGGGAUUUGGACCGGACCCGCUGCUCUCAACGAGUAUUUGGAAGAAGUUUCUUAAGAAGCUGCCUUGGCCUAAGAAGGGAUGGCUGGGGAAGGGAUCGGUGGGGAAGGCGCUUCAAGAAAAGGUUGGGGGGAAUGGGAUGGGGUUGGGUGGGGGCAGCAGCAGCAGCGGCAGCAGCAGCAGCAGUAAGCAAACGACGAGCACAGUCGGCAAGGUUGCUUCGUCGCUGAACAGGCUGUUUCUGAAGCAGCAUGGGGGAUAGACAGAUGACAGCAUGGCAUGACGCGCCCAUUCAAAUGAGACUUUUGAGUCGACUCAAGACCGGUCACUUACGAAUAAGGGCACGCGGUUAUUUUGUCAUUGCACCAGCUGUUUCUGAAGCAGCAUGGAGGAUAGAUGACGACAUGGCGUGACGUGCCCAUUUACGGGAAACUUUUGAGUCGACUCAAGAGCGGUGGUCACUUCUGACUAAGGGCACGCGGCUGCAUCAUCCCUGAAGCAGCAUGGGGGAUAGACCACAGCAUGAUGUGCCCGUUUACAAGAAAUAACACCUAUGCUGUCGCUGUAGCAAGAUGGAGGAUGUAGAAUUGUCAUUCUCUAUUCUAUCCUCACCACAUUUCUCCCUUCAGGUGUAUGUGACAUACAUGUGUCACGUGGAGAGAAAUGUGGUGAGGAGCAGAGGUAGCCUGCUCUAAUGAGGCUCUCUAGUUUAGAUGCACACUGUAGCUGGCUACCUUGAAUGUACAUUCCUCACUUGCACUGUUAGCCUUGCACUGCACAGCCUGCAAUGCUUCAUUACCAAGUGUGACCA